GCUGGGGAGACGUGCAACCACUCAGAUCCUGCAUUUGUAAUUGUACUGAAAUUACAGGAUGAGAGUUCAGUUACUGCUCCAGUCACAACCCACCGUUUGUUACAACCCAGCUUAGGCACUGUGUGAAGAUUUACUGCCUGCUGCCACUGGAAUGAGCCUUACCUUGGUGGGAGGAUCCUUGCAGCCUGGUGACCUGAGCCAGGACAGGGGACAAAGCCCUCCUGCGAUGACAGCCCCCGGGAUGGGGAUGCUGAGCAGUCUGGUGCAGCUGCCUUGGUCUGCAAGCUGCAGACUGAGCUCUGGUGGGAGCCAGAGCCAAGGGGCCACGAGCUACCAACGCUUCAAAAAAGGGCAAGGAAAGGUGUGGUACCAGGAGACACAGCAGGAGCAGAGCAGGCAAGAGGACUGAGAGAGGAUAAAAGCCCACAGACCUGUGUUUGGGGUCCCUCCUCAGAGGCAGGAGUGAUCCCCUGAUCUAGGCAGCAUCCUGCCUCCCCUAAGAGCUCCCAUUGUGCUUUUAACACAAUGCUUUUAUCAGAAGCUUUGUCCUGCUGUGAGGCUUGCUUCAGAGAGCUUGAGCUGCUUCUGCGUUAUUGUGCUGUGAAGAAAUGGCUUCGUGGAACCAGAGACAGCUGGGACUCAGCUGAGGGAAAUUCAGCUUCAACUGUCACCAGAUCCACUGGAAACUGGUCGAGUAAAACUCCUUAACACCAGUUUAGAGCUAAGGAGGACAUCAUUUAUUCAGGCACCUGGUUACACGGGUGAUAACUGCUAACUUUGUGUGCACACACGAUUUUACAAGUGUGUUGCUUGCACAUUACAAUUUGGAUGUGUCACUUGUGUGUUACAACUUGGCCAUUGCCAUAAAACCUCCCCAAGUUCCCAAACUCAGUCCUUCUUUUGGCUAUUGCUGCGUUCCUGAGCCAGAUGUCUUCUCCUUCUCUCCAUGUCCUUGCUGGCAGAGCAGAUUUUGCAGGCUUUAUUUCUCAGCUAAAGGUUCACAGGCACAGGAGAAGCUGAGUUGAGCCUCAUGGAACCAAUGCCCCCCUUUGAAAUUUCUCUAUUUUGGACUCACCCCUGAUAACUCCCUCUGGGGGUUAUCUUCUGUUAAUGGGCCAUGGAGUGUCACUGCAGGGCUGAUAAAAUUCCAUCAUCCCACUGGGAGAUGCUCUGCCUGGGGGGAGGAGCCAGGCAUUCCAAACUGGAUAUAAUCAGAGCUGUGGAACACCACGGGCAGCUUUACCUACUGGAUUCCCAGAGGACAAGAGCCACGUAAGCACCCCUGGACCUUCAGAGGAGGACCAGAUCCUUCUCCAGGAUCCCUGCUCCAACAAAACCACACCUGUGACUGCAGGAGGGCUGCAGCCACCAUUCAAUGGGACUGCUGCCACCACCCUGACCCACAGGCUUGUAUCCUGACUCUGCCAGCUGAAGCCAGUUUUCUGCCUGUAUUUUCUAGCCAGCAGCAGCUGAUGGCAGAGGAGAGCAGUGUCUGCAGCUUUGUGUUCAGGAAGCGGGUCCGAGCCGCGGGCAGCGCCCGGCGGAAACGGCCUGGCAGCGAGCAGGACAGCAGUGGGGAGGAGGGCAGCACCGUGGUGAGGAAGAAGCUGCCCAGGGACACCCCCAACCCCAUGAUCCAGAAGAUCAGGCGCUGCCUGAGGGAGAGGCCGGAGUACGCACGGAGCAGCAGCGAGGAUGAGGAUCCUGCCAAGGGGAUCGGGGUCACCUACAAAUCGACCAGGUCGGCAAAACCUGCUGGCCCAGAAGACAUGGGGGCCACAGCAGCGUGUGAGCUGGACACAGAGAAGGACAAGGAUGCCCAGGCCAUCUUUGAGCGCAGCCAAAAAAUCCAGGAGGAGCUGAGAGGAAAGGAAGAUGAUAAAAUUUACCGUGGCAUUAACAACUACCAGAAGUACGUGAAGCCCAAGGACACAUCGAUGGGAAACGCCUCCUCAGGAAUGGUCAGGAAAGGCCCCAUCCGCGCUCCGGAGAACCUGCGCGCCACGGUGCGCUGGGACUACCAGCCUGACGUCUGCAAGGACUACAAAGAGACCGGGUUCUGUGGCUUUGGGGACAGCUGCAAGUUCCUGCACGACCGCUCGGACUACAAGCACGGCUGGCAGAUGGAGCGGGAGCUGGACGAGCGCCGCUACGGCGCCAGCGACGAUGAGAGCUACCAGGUGAGCAGUGGUGAGGAGGACACGCCGUUCAAAUGCUUCAUCUGCAGAGGUUCCUUCCAGAACCCUGUGGUCACCAGGUGUCGGCACUUCUUCUGUGAGAGCUGUGCCCUCCGGCACUGCCGCAAAUCCCAGCGCUGCUACGUCUGCGGGAAGCAAACCAACGGCGUCUUCAACCCUGCGAAAGAGCUCGUGGCAAAGUUGGGAGGACAAAAAGGGCAGGAAGAAGAGGAGCAACAGUCAGACCAUGAGGAGGAUCCACAGUAGCAGAAUACAUUAUGUGCAUAACUGAAUACAUCUUUUGUAGGAGGAAAAAGGAAAAAAAAAAAAGGAGUGUGGGGUGGGUGUAUACCCUCCCAUGCCCUCCUCAUAAGUCUCGGGUGUUCUCAUGUUUUUCCAUUGCAUUCAACAUGACCUGGCAUGCUGACAGUGUGUCAGGUGCAGAAUGUUGUCAACAAUGGCAGGACAAUCUACCCAGCACCCUGCUUGAACCCCAGGACUCAAACAUUUGGGAAACAUCAAUAGGAGAAGGAAGUGUGUUUUUAAUUGAGAUGGUUUUGAGUUGAAUAGUUUCUUGUUUCUAGUGUUGAGUUGUAAUUUGUAGGUAUAUUUGGAAUAUGAGGACUUAAGGAUUUUAUCUAUUUAAGGACAUGGGUCACAACCCCAAACUAAGAUAAACUGUUCCUUCUGUUAGUUGUUUUUUCUGACAAUUCUAAAGUUGAAUUGUUUCUGGUUUAUAGUGUUAAUUUUUAAAUUGUAAUUUCUAAGCGGUGAGCCUGCAGCAUGCCAGCCUGGAAGAUUGUAUUGCUGGUGGUUCGACAGCUCCUGGAUGACACAUGGGGUACAUCCCUGCCUGGGGGGGCUGGGCUUGUCCACUUGGGUGGAAAGCCUUAUCUGAACUGGGCUUAUCAUCUGUGACAUCAUGCUGGCCUUUGUCAUCCUGUCUUGAAGCUGCCCCCCAAACCCAACCAGCCCAGAAAACAAGGCCCUGUGUGAACAAGGAUAGGCUGGAUUCAAACCUACACAGGGACCCCCAGCCAAUGUCACUCAGCCCUAAGUGCAGAUGUGUCCUUAGCCAGAGAGCUGUCAGGGCUAAGGCCUCAACAAAUCACAUGUGUGAGCUUGGGAAAUUUGCAGCUCCUAUAAAAGGAGCUGUGAGAAUAAA